AUGUCGUUCGAGCGCAGUGACGCUUUUCUAGGCGGUCCACCGCAGACCGGCCGAUUUGCAGGGGCCAUAUACCGCUUCCCUAAUGAGCUUCUGGAUGCGAUCAUAUCUCGACUGCGCCCCACAGACAUCGACCACGAAGAGCAGGACGAAGAUAUGUCCCGAUGCGCAGACAUGCAACCCAUGCCUAGCGGCAAGGCAGACCUGCUCACAUGCGGCUCUGUCUGCCGCCUCUGGCGUGCGAUCGCUCUUCCACACAUCUUCCACGACCUCCAGGUGUCCUUUCGCUCAUUAUCUGAAGAGUACGAUCCCUCGGCGCGUCAGCACCCCUGGAUCGACGGUGCCGAGCAGGUCCCCGAGCGCUCGGCUCAGCUCAGUACUGGGAUACUGAAGAACCGUUUAUGGUAUCCUACCGUCGCCAGAGUCUGUCUCAGUUUCGACGCUUCCUCUGCAACGCGCCAGCUGUCCGGCCUCUGA